UAAUUCUUGACCGCAUCUUUGUUUCUUAUUUUUAUCGAGUUUUUCUCCUUAAAUAAAGACCUUGACCAAAGCCAAUCAGUACUUUUUCCCCAUUUAUAAAGUGCACUGCUUCUCUGCUGCUCUUGAUUUCUUACGUUCUGCUUCAACUUGUAGAUCAGAGUGAUUUUUGGAAGAUCAUGGUUGAGAAGGUAGUAGACUUUGGAGUAAAUAAGUUCAAAAGUACUAUGAGUGACUUCGAUGAUAAUUUGAAGAGUCUGGAAAGAAGUGUAAAGCAAUUAUCAGAUAAAGCAUUCGAUGGGAAGACCGAGGUAGAGAAUCAAAAGGGAUUUGGGAAGAAGAAGAGGAAAAGAGAAGUUGGUUCUUGGUUUGACGAGGUUAUAAAGAUCAAAGAAGAAUUAUGUGCUUUAAAAGAAGAAGUAACAAGAGGGGAGAAAAAUGGAGGUGCUUUGGAGAAGAUGAAUGGAAGGGCUGGAGAACUUCUUGAGCAAAGUAAACAUUUUGGAACACUCGUACAUGAUAUGUAUGAGAGUGAGGAGUGUCUACUGCUGGCACCUCAAGUUCAUGAGGAAACAUCAAAACAAAAUUUAGAAGUGAUUUGGAUGUGGUUACAUGGUGAAAAUGUCUCAAGCAUCGAUAUAUAUGGUAUGGGAGGUGUGGGCAAGACGACUCUGGCAAAGCAUAUACAUAAUCGUCUUGUUAAUGAGAUUCGUUAUCAAGUCCGUUGGGUUACUGUUUCUCAAGGGUUUAGCAUCAAAAGCUUACAAAAUGAUCUUGCCAAAAUAGUGAAUCUGGACCUUUCUGAUGAGGUUGAUGAGCAUAGAAGGGCAGCCAAACUAAACCGGGCAUUCAAAGAAAGGAAGAACAUUGUUGUCAUAUUGGAUGAUGUCUGGGAUCGCCUUUGCUUGGAGAAGUUGGGUGACCCUCUUGGUGUGGAAGGCUGUAGACUGAUUCUAACUACUCGCUCAUGUGAAGUCUGCCAAAAGAUGGGUUGUAAUAGACUACUAGAAGUGGAGAAAUUCAAUAUUUAUGAUGCUUGGGAGUUGUUCAGGCAGAGUCUAGGAUGCGAGAAUGUGCUUAGCCUAGAUGUCGAGCCUGUUGCCAAAUCCAUGACAGGAAGGUGCCAGGGCUUGCCACUCGAGCUCAUCACUUUGGCGGGAAGCAUGAGAGGGGUGACUGAUAUAAGGGAGUGGAGGAACGCUUCGAAAGAAUUCCCCGAUGAACUACAGUAUAGUUAUGAUUGCUUGAGAGAUACAAAUAUGCAAAAGUGCUUCUUGUACUGUGCUUUGUAUCCUGAGGACCGUAAAAUUGAUAGGGAUGAACUCAUUGGUAGAUUUAUCAUGGAGGGAUUGGUUAAGGGAAAUAUUAGGCUAGAAGAGUUUAACCAGGGCCAUACCAUAUUGAAUAAACUAGUGGAGGUCUGCUUACUUGAAGCUACUAAUCCGAUUGGAGAACUAGUAAAGAUGCAUGAUUUACUCAGGGAAAUGGCAUUGCGGAUCACAAAUGUUAAACCAAUGUACAUGGUAAGGGCUGGAAUAGGAUCACCAGUGCUGGAGGAGCAAGAUUGGUCAUUCGAUUUGGAUAAAGUCUCUUUUCUUAUAAGCGAGAUAAAGGGAAUCCCUGAAGACAUGGCAUCCAAUUGCCCCACAUUAUCAACCUUGCUUUUGUCUAAUUGUAGUUUGAGAAGGAUCCCAGGUCCUUUCUUUCAGUACAUGAACAACCUCCAAAUACUCGACUUGAGCUCCAACCCAGAGCUUAAGAAUUUGCCGAGUUGCAUAUCUGACUUGGGAAGUCUUAGAGCACUCUUGCUUCCAGGAUGUAAUAAGAUCAGAUUUAUACCUCCACUGGGAAAGCUCAAAAAUUUGAGGGUGUUAGAUCUAUCUGGCACUCUUAUUGAGGAAUUACCUCAAGGCAUGGGAAGCUUAGUCAAGCUUAAAUUUCUAGAUAUUGGUGAAUUAUAUCUUUGAUGAAUUGCCAAAGGAGAUAUUACCUAAACUUUCCCAGCUUCAAUACCUCAAACUUCCUCAAUUUGUGAAUGCACGAGGUGAAGACUUGGCCAGAUUAGCACUGCUCGAAGAAUUCGAAGGCCAGUUCUACGAUUUGCAUAACUUCAACCAGUUCAUGAGAAGUCGCCCUUACUAUGAGAGAGAUUGGAGGUAUGACAUAUUUGUAGGGCAAAAGAUGUUUCCUUCUCAUAAUGAUGACUUUGGAGAUGGUAUAUAGAAACAAAGAAGAGUGAUUGUAGAAGAUUACACCAUUGAAGCAGGUGGAGGAGAUGCGCCAACAUCAAUUAUUCUUCCACAUUGCAUUGACAUUCUAGAGAUUACAAACUGCCAUGGGCUGAGUAGCUGCUUGGUGAAAAUUUUUCUGUCACGUACUACUUUAACAGGCUUGAGCUCUGACAUCGUUGCUUGUGAUGACAUAGAAUGGAUUGUAAACGUGCCCUCUGGUAGAAAUACUACUACAGACCCCCACUGCAUACAUUCUUUGCCAAAUCUUGUUGGGCUUUGUAAGGGAAAAAUUGCCCCUCACAUCUUCUCGGGUCUAACAGAAUUUAUUAUCACCAAGUGCCAUAAGAUGAAGAAGUUGUUUUCACGGGCUAUCUUGCAGGAUCUCAAAAACCUUCAGAAGCUCAAUGUAUAUUGUUGUGAUGAGAUGGAAGAGACAAUAGCAGAGGAAGCAACUGACCAAGAGGGAAGUAGCCAAUUAGGUACAAGCAGCAGUCCCCGUGGUUCUUCAGUGAGUAGUGACAUUCUCAUUCUUCCAAAGCUAAAAGAGCUCACACUGUCCACCCUGCCUAAAUUGAAGAGAAUCUGUGAGGGAAAACUGAUCUGUGAUUUCCUUGAAUCAAUGAGUUUAGAUCGCUGCCGCGAGCUGAGGCGGUUGCCUUUCUAUACUCCCAAUAAAAAUGGGCAUCCUCUCCCAGCCCUCCAAAAAAUCAAAGUUGAAGAAAAAUGGUGGGAAACAUUGGAGUGGACCAAUCCUACGUUAAGAGCCUCAUCCAACCUUACAUAGUGCGAAAUAGUUAAGGAUCCAUAUUUUGUUAACAAGAAACAUUUGUUUUAGAUUCAGCUUUAUGUUUUAGAUCCUUUCUCUAUGAAGCAAGUGUUCUACUUUUGUUACCUAAUGCUAA